CAAAUACGAUCAAGCAAAAGCUUAAACUACAAGUGUUUACAAUUCUAAAUUAAUAUCUUCUACUUGCAUAAAAAGUAUUUUACACAUAUUUGAACACCAUUCAUUUUUUCAUUCUACCUAUCUAUAAUCUUUAAAAGUAAUUCAGUGUUCAUUGUAAAGCGAACGAAAGACGUUUACUUUACGUUCAGUCCUUAAAAUCUUUCGUUUUAUAUUUUAGUGAUUUGAAGAAACACUCUCAGAUACAAAAGAUAUUUUUUACAGUAGAAAUGCUUCUUUAAUUAAUAUGCAAAAUAUAGAAAGGUGCUACAAAGAAUCUUGAAACAUUUUAAGAAUAAAACAACUUUAGAAAUAAAUUCUUAAUAAUGACGACUGAGGAAAGCAACACAUUUUUAAUAGGAAAUAAAAAUGAUAUUAAACCCAACAUAGUCUCAAAAAAUAUGGCAGUAACACUAUCAGCAACAGAUGCUGAGAAACAGAAUAUUAAAAAUGAACGUGGAAAAGCUUUUAGACAAGUGGUUGCAGCUUUUAUUGCUAAUAUUGGACCAGUGAAUACAGGAUUGAUUUUUGGCUUUUCAGCUGUAGUCAUUCCACAGCUGCAAUCAAAAAAUUCUUCUAUUCCUAUAGAUGAAAGUCAAGCAUCUUGGAUUGCAUCUUUAUCUUCACUUUCAACACCUUUUGGUUGUAUCUUGGGUGGAUAUCUUAUGGACAAUAUUGGACGUAAAAAGACGUUAAUUUUCACUGAAAUUCCAAUGAUUAUCGGAUGGAUGUUUAUCUUUACAUCGCACUUAGAAUUCGUCAGAAACAUUUUUGGUGCUUCCGGAGUAAAAAUGAUUUACACUGGUAGAUUACUUACUGGUCUUGGAUCAGGAAUGGUUGGUGCACCAGCUCGUAUAUAUACAUCAGAAGUUACUCAACCGCAUCUGAGAGGAAUGCUGACAGCCCUUUCUUCUGUUGGACUAAGUUUUGGAGUAUUAUUUCAAUAUUCCAUGGGGGCUUUACUUUCUUGGCAAACUCUUUCAUUAGUUUCAAGUGUUGUUCCCCUUAUUGCUUUAAUUGGGAUGCUUUUAGUCCCCGAAACACCAAAUUAUCUUGUAUCACAUCAACAACCACAAAAAGCUGCACAGAGCUUAGCAAAACUCAGAGGAAGUUCCUAUAAUGUAGAACGGGAAAUACAUCAACUUGAAGAAUUUGCUAAGAAAAUUAAUUCAAAGAAUAAAACAUCAGCAAAGGAAAUUUUACAAUCCCUUCUAGCACCAUCCUGUCUAAAACCGUUUGGAAUUCUUUUUAUUUAUUUUAUGCUUUAUCAGUUUUCGGGAGUCAACACUAUAACUUUCUAUGCUGUGGAAAUUUUUCAAGAUUCUGGUACCAAUUUAGAUAAAUAUACAUGUACUGUUAUUCUUGGUGCCUUGCGUUUUACAUUUACGAUUCUUGCCUGCAUACUUCUCCGCCGAAGCGGAAGACGACCUCUUUCGUUUAUUUCUGGAUUUGGUUGUGGCAUAACAAUGAUCGGCCUUGGUAUUUACAUGCGCUACAAAGCAAUAUGGGAUGCACAAAAUAUUGCGCCAGUUCAUACAUGGAUACCAGUAGCAUGUAUAUUUAUAUUUAUGAUAACCUGUACACUUGGUUUCUUGGUUGUUCCUUGGGUGAUGAUCGGUGAGCUUUACCCAAUGAAAAUACGUGGCAUCGUAGGAGGAAUGACAACAUGUGCUGCUCAUUGUUUUGUAUUUAUUGUUGUCAAAACAUACCCCUUUAUGACUCAUUUGAUAGAGAGACAUGGAGUCUUUAUUCUUUAUGGAUGCAUUUCGUUUGUUGGAGGAAUAUUUUUUUAUUUCUACUUACCCGAAACAAAAGGAAGAACUCUCCAAGAAAUUGAGGAUUACUUUAGUGGACGUAUUGCGACGUUGAAAGUCAAUAAAAACUAUAGCACAACUCCUGUAGACAUUUAUGAAAAAGGAAUACUAUUACCUAAUGAAAACAAUAAUCGACUUCAGGAAAAAAAUUUGAAAUAAGGAUACAUUUUGAUAGCAUUUUGAAAGAUCUUUAUUAUCUAUUUAGAGAAACUAAAUUUUUUAAAAAAAUGUAUCUGAUAUUCCAUUUGGAAAAUGUUAGGAAGCACAUGCCCUAAUAAAAAAUUAAAGUCGACUACCUUGACAUCUAAUCUAAAUA